CCACCGUUUAUUCUUCCCGUUUCCCCACUCCUUCCUCGACAAUCCUUACUUUCUUAACAUAUUUCUUUACACAACGCCAUGUUACGCACGCGAACCCAUUCCAGCGGCCCCGGCUCUCCCUCCUCAGGCUCUCCCCCCGGUUCACCCAAAUCACCGAAAACGCGGUUAAGCUUCUCAGGCGUAGCCAAUAUGUUUGCCAAGAUGCGCAGACUCGAGGAGCGUGCCGCAGCCAAUAACAGCCAACAGCUACCACCCUUGUCUCCGUCCGCAAAAGUCAAGCCGCACCACCUGAUUUCCAGCUCAGGGGAGCCGUGUACGCACCCCGGGCUUUUGGAGGGUGCGAGCGAGGAGCGAGUGGAUGUAGAGUUUAUCGACCACUAUGAGUGUGCGGGUGGCGUGAAUGUUGGCAUUCUAUUAAGGGCGACGAGGUCUUCGCUCGUAGAGAGGGUGGAAGACCUCGGAGCGAAUGCGCUCGUUGAAGAGCAAUGGGAAUGCACCAUCUGCGGUCCAAAGAACGGGAUUUUCAGAGUCCAAGUUCGGUAUAUCGCAUGCGCGGCAAACUCAACACGUCCAGACCCACACAAACCCGUAGGCAUCGACCAAGCCAAAGGCGUUCCAGGCCUCAUGACGAUUCUCAAAAGAAAUGAAUUUUGCUGAUAAUGGCCUAUCCUCUCCUUCAUCCUUUUCGCUCUCCUGCUUUCCUCCCUUCAUUUUCCUCCUUUUCGGACUCACAAAAAAACAUCUUUGUCUUCUCUUUUUGAUGUAUCACCAACUACCUCAAGAUACCUUACCCAACCUAAACAUCGUCAUCUGUACCAUCCCCACAUUUCUGUACUAUACCCACGCCAUACAUAUCUCGCUCAUCAUCCCCUUCUACAAAGCAUUAUACCACCUAAUGCCUUCAAUCCUAUAUAUCAUUCAUGAACAUCUUCUCUCUCUUACCUAUAUACCUACUUACCUUACCCUCCCUCCUCGAGCUCUAGUACCACUCCGCACAUGUUCAGAAAAAUGUCACAUAGU